CUGGAAGCCUAUACUUAAAGUGGGCAUUGUCACAAGCGAGCCGUGUUUCAUUUGAAACAAACAGCUUUCUGCGCGGAUAUCGAUUCGGUCAAAGAGGUCAUCGGGUUGAAAUAGGGCAAGUACAUUCGAAAACAACAGCUGGGCCCUUCUGAUAAGAACCUUAGUAGCCAUGAGCCUGCUUGCGCUGAACGGAGGGCCUUGCCUGAGCUUCAUGCUGUGCACUCGUUUCUGGAAGCUCUUCAGGAAAACCUAAGAUCACUACUGCUACAGUGGUUCACGUUCCUGUGCCUAGAAUUUUGUUUCCAGGCAGCAGGGUACCCUAUACGAGUGGUCUUUCGAAAUAUUGAGAUGGCAACCGACGCCUUCACGUACAUCGAGGGUCUUUACAUCGGCAAGGCUUUUCCAGAAGACGCCGUGCGAUCAACCAUCGCUUACGAGCCGCGACCAGGAGACCUGUUCAUCGUAACGUAUCCUAAGUGCGGCACCUCGUGGAUGCAGCAGAUCGUCUACAACAUCCUUACCGACGGCAACAUACCUGAAGACAAGACGGACGCUGUGCUGCGCCUGCCCUUUCUCGAGAUCCAAGGAGCCGACGCCGCCGCCCACUCCCUCAAGCCCGGAGCGUUCAAGACUCACCUGCCCUUCUGGCUAAAUCCUUACUCGCCCGACGCCAAGUACAUUUACGUUGCUCGAAACCCGUAUGACUGCUGCGUGUCCUUCUACCACCAUACCAAGAACUUCGCAGUGUACCACUACGAGGACGGCACGUUCGAUGACUUCCUCGACAAGUUCGUCGACGGUAAAGUGGACUUUGGGGACUACUUCGACCACCUUUUGUCGUGGUAUGGGCAUCGCGACGAUCCUAACGUUCUCCUCACCUUCGAGGAGAUCAAGCACGACCCGAGGGCUUCGAUACUUCGCGUUGCUGAGUUCAUGGGCGAUGCUUACGGAGCCAAACUGCGAGCUGAUGAAGCCCUGCUGAAAAAAAUCAUAAACGCCGUAUCGUUCGAAAGUAUGAAAGAUUCCCUGAAUUCUAAGUACGACGCCGUCAAGACGAAAGUCGACUCUGUUGACCAACAGGGUUCUCGAUAAAACUGACCUGUCCUUCGAGAAUGAAAGAGUGGCACCCGGCUUUGGUGAAGGGUUUCGAGGCCUUCAAGGCAUACUUUGCAAAACCC